UGGAUUGUGGAGUUCGAGUUUUACGCCUCUUUGUCGGUUGUGCUUGUGUUCACCAACACGUAAACAUUUUUAUUUAUUUCUCCGAAGAGACAAAUAGAAGAAUCCUCGAUUUCAGCUCUUGCCUUAAUUCAACACAACGUACCAAAGGAGGUUGAGGAGUGGUCGCAGUUGCAUAGCAGAGCCUCAGAAUUGUGCUCUUUGCUUACCCUUCUUUUACUUCCUCUCUUCUCUUCACUCUGUACAGAGACAGACACUGCUUAUAUUGUUAUUACCGGGGAAGCAGCACACAUUUAUGGCCAGCAUCGGUGAUAGAAAGGAAUCAGAAUGGAUAGAUAGGAUAAUAUCAGAAGGAGCCAUCCCACUUCUUGAACCAGAUAAUUGUUCAAAUGGUUGGGCUACCCCUCCUGGUGAUGCAUUCAUGGUCAGAGGCCCUGAGUAUUUUACAACAAGGGUUAAGGUUCCAGCUGGUGAUUAUAUGCUCAAACCUCUCGGUUUUGAUUGGAUUAAAAGUUCAGUGAAAAUUGGGGAGAUAUUAAAGGAUCCAAAUAGUCGAGUUAGGAAGGUCAUUGAUAACGAGUUUCCAGAAGGUGAUAAACCCUUUGUGUGGGCCUUCAAUCUUCAAGUCCCAACCAAGGAUAACUAUAGUGCCAUAGCAUAUUUUACAACCAAAGAGUCAGGUCUUGAGGAUUCGCUAAUGGACAAGUUCUUGAAGGGUGACAAUGCAUUCAGAAACUCAAGGCUUAAGCUGAUUGCCAACAUUGUAAAAGGUCCUUGGAUUGUCAGAAAAGCUGUUGGAGAGCAGGCUAUUUGCAUAAUUGGGCGUGCCCUUUCCUGUAAAUAUUGCACGGGGGAGAAUUUCAUAGAAGUAGAUAUUGAUAUAGGGUCUUCCAUGGUUGCAAGUGCAAUCGUUCAUUUGGCAUUUGGUUACAUUUCAACUUUGACUGUUGACUUGGCUUUUCUUAUUGAGAGCCAAGCUGAAUCAGAGCUUCCAGAAAAAAUAUUAGGCGCUUUCAGAUUUUCUGACCUUGAUCCUGCUUCAGCUAGAACAAUUGAGCUAUCAACUGUUGUGAGUUGUGACAAUGCACAAACAUCUUUACCUACUAGAUUGUGGAAGUCAAUUGGACAGGGCUUUUCCCAUAUUCUUCAUUCAGGUCCUCAAGAAGAUGGCUCUACUUCUGGUUCAGAACAUACUAAUGAUGUAGAUCACAAAGAUAAUCCAACUGACAUCACGAACUGAUAUACUGGAAUAAUUGAAAGGGGUACCAUUUGAGGUCAUUAUUCUUUUAGCCAUUUUUUAUGAUUGGAUUCAUAGCAUCUGUUGUAUGACUUAAUUCUUGCCUAUGGCAGUAUUUUGUAAUACUAAAGAAAGUUAGAAAACUUAAGAGUGGCCCCAUUUUUUUUUGGCUGGAUUAUUAUGUAUAUCUUUUAAAGUAAAUUCUAGUAAUGUUUAUAGUUGACGAGUUA